AUGUCUUUGAUCAUAAAGGACAGUAAAACGCGUUAUUCUAAGAAGUGUGACCCGGAUCAAAGGAAAUUGACGAAGUUUGAACAAUGCCCAAACCUUAAUGACAGCAGCCCUUCAGAAUCUGUGGACGAACAACACUACAAUCGAUAUACGGAAUCUAAUAACUCCGACAAUAAUACAUCUGACACACCGCUUACCACCACGGCAAGAAAUGUCAGGCAACCCAAAAUGACACACAUCCAGCAUACACCCAUGAAAAAGAAUAAGCAACCGCAGGAAA